AUGUGUUUGGACGUUUUAUUUUGCACAGCUUCCAUAAUGCAUUUGUGCACCAUCAGCGUCGACAGAUACCUGAGCCUUCGUUACCCGAUGAAAUUCGGUAGAAACAAAACGAGAAAAAGAGUCGUACUUAAAAUUAUGUUUGUUUGGUUUCUUUCCGUUGCUAUGAGUCUUCCAUUAAGCCUCAUGUAUUUUCAGGAUUACGAUUCGGUAUUGGUUCGUGGAACUUGUCAAAUUCCAGAUCCACUAUUUAAACUGAUCGGAUCAAUCGUUUGUUUUUACGUACCUUUGGUUGUCAUGAUGAUAACGUAUGCGCUCACCGUGAGACUUUUAGAAGCGCAACAGCAAAGUUUAGGACCGGGACCAGGUUGGACUGGUAUGUGGUUGAGCAGUGCUGCCGGACAAGCAAUGGGAAUCGACAGAAGGUGCACGUGGAAAAGAUUUAUAGAUACGAAAGAAAAAUCCGAUGUUUCAACAACGCAACAAAAUCUUAUAAACACUCAACAUUCAAACGCAUCAACCGAAAGCGAUUUGACAACGUUGGAAAAUCACGAAUUAUGGCUUCCCGAUACCAGCGUGCAAGAAACGACAAGUGCCACAAUGACGGCAUUGCACGUUUUCGGUGCCGAAAUGUUAAAACUAUCGAGAGGUUUGGAAAGUUUUGCCGUCGGUAGAGAAGAAACGCAAAAUUCCGAAAGGUAA